AUGCCAGAAGAAUGGAGAUCGAUUCGUGUUCCUUUCCCUCCCAAAAUAAAUGCUCGUGAUUUUGUUAAGCCGCGUCGUGAUGGGUCCCCAAAGAAGAGAUGUGCUAAUUAUUUCUUGGUAUAUCGCGUUCAAUUUGCAGAAGCACUGAAGGCACAUUGUUGUAAUUCGGCACUCAUGACGGACAUAUCAAGUAUGGCAGGAGAUGCUUGGAGAGAAGAACCAGAGCAUGUUCGUCGUUUUUAUAAACAGAUCGCAAAUGACAUUAAGAGGCUUCACUCAGAGUCAGUUAAAUCUGCUCAAAAUGCCAAAUCUUCAAAAACCAAUGUUUCUAAAACCAUCGAUUCAUCUGUGAAAAUACAACCAUCAUCAGAUCAACCGCCACCAUCCGAAUCUUCCUCAAAUUCUCAAGUAAUGCCUUCGUUUGAUAAUAUACAAUCACCAGUGGAUUUAUUUUAUGAGCCAAUUACGGAUUUUGCUCAAACUAUUCCAAACCAUUCGUUCCCGUAUCUACAAAAUUUGCACACGAUAGAUCAUAUUAAUAUGAAUCCGGUUCCAUAUAUGUAUGGCCAACCUAGUAUUCCGCAGGAAUAUGAAUAUCUGAAUCCCGGUUCUUUUCAUGACAACAACAUUGAUUCAACUAAAAAUACUUGUGAUUUUUUAUUUGAUCUUUAA